AAAUCAAUUGCUUUUAAAUGGUCACUGAUCCGCUUGAUGUGUUGUUGAUGACGAGAGGAACAAGGCACGGGCACAAGUACUCACCACACGCGUGGAACAUUAAACACAAUUAAGAGUUGCCGACUCAAUGACAAAUGUAGCCGAUGAAAUGGAGUAUGAUGAGAGGCUAGCACAGUUCCGCCAAACCCGCCUUAAUCCCUUCGAUCGCGGAGAGGAAGAGGAUGGUACCGAAAGGGGCAGGACGCCCCCACAGCAGGGUAGAAGCCAGACAGGAGCUGUUUUCUGGGACCAGAAUCCAAAGUUCAGACGGAACCAUGGAUCUUGGUUUAGCUGAAGACCAUUUCUCAAGACCCGUGGGUUCAUUUGUGGCCUCCGACAUAGAGCAGCUGAAACUAGCCAUCGAGGAGUGCAAGAAGUUAAUCUUGGAGCUGCCGGAGCACUCGGAGAGACAAAAGGACACGGUGGUGAAACUCAUCCAUCUUCGCCUCAAGCUGCAGGAGCUGAAGGAUCCUGAUGAGGAUGAGCCUAAUCUGAGAAUGGUUCUUGAGCACAGAUUCUCCAAGGAAAAGAGCAAGAGUGUCAAACAUACUUGUGACAAAUGUAGUACCAUUAUCUGGGGUCUCAUCCAGACAUGGUACACCUGCACAGGUUGCUAUUACCGCUGCCACAGUAAGUGUAUGAACCUGAUCACCAAGCCCUGUGUGAGGUCAAAGGUCAGCCAUCAGUCAGAGUACGAGCUCACUAUCUGCCCAGAGAUCGGACUAGACCGCCAAGACUAUCGUUGUGCGGAAUGCCGUUCACCCAUCUCACUGAGGGGCGUACCAAGUGAAGCUAGACAAUGUGACUACACGGGCCAGUAUUUCUGCAGUGCGUGUCACUGGAAUGACACGGCCAUCAUCCCAGCACGAGUCAUCCACAACUGGGAGUUUGAACCACGCAAGGUUUGUCGGUCCUCACUGCGCUACCUGGCCCUGAUGAUGCCACGGCCCGUGCUGAAGCUGAAAGAAAUCAACCCACUGCUUUUUAACUUUGUUGAGGAACUGGUUGAGAUCAGAAAACUUCGCCAGGAUAUUCUACUGAUGAAGCCUUAUUUUAUUACCUGCAAGGAGGCCAUGGAGGCACGACUUUUACUCCAGCUUCAAGACCGCCAGCACUUUGUGGAGAACGAUGACAUGUACUCGCUGCAGGAUUUGAUUGACAUUUCCAGCGGGCGACUGAGCUGCUCCCUCACCGAAGUCCACACCACAUUCGCAAAACACAUCAAGCUGGACUGUGACCGUUGCCAGGCUAAAGGCUUUGUGUGUGAGCUGUGUAAGGAGGGAGACAUCCUCUUUCCUUUUGACAGUCACACCUCCGUGUGCCAUGACUGCUCGGCCGUCUUCCACAGGGAUUGUUACUAUGACAACUCGACAACGUGUCCACGGUGUGCCCGGAUGACCGAGCGUAAACAGGAUGAAGACACAAAAGAUGCAUGAAGGAAUUUGAGAUUACACUGCGGAAAAAAAGGUUGUCAACAAAAAGGAAACCUGGUACAGUAGCAACCAAUAGAUUGUCGCCUAUUGCCGUUAUUGUCUUGAUCAUCUUGCACGUUACACGCAGGAGUUAAAAGCCUCAAUAUUAUGUAACGACUGCGACAGAUACUGAAAUGUAAAGAUGAAGAUGCUACAUAUCCACUGCUGGUCCAACUACUCGUAUUUAACAUGAAGAAAAAAUGUCCGCAUUUUCGACAUUCAAGUUACAGGGUUGUAAUGUCUGUCAUUCCUUAAUGUAUAACUGGAAAUAUAAUUCAAUGUGCUUGUUUUUGUAAGGAUACAUGCAAAGCUGUGUUAGCAUUUAUUCCAAAUGAUAAAUUAAUUCCAUGGAAGUGUAUCAAACCCAGUAGAUGUGAAUACUUGUGCACAUUAUGUGCCUAUGAGAUUGUCAGGUUCCAGGGAGCUGUUAACCAAACGUCAGAAUACAUUUGGCAAAAUGUUAAUAGUUUUUAUCAUAAUAUAGCUACAGCACAUUUUAGGAUGUCAGAAGACACCUUUAAUGUCUAAAUGUUGACCUAAAAUAUUUGUUUUAAAAUAAUGACUCGUUGCUGUGUUAUUUUUCAGCAUGAUGCACUGUUUAUUGUUUUUCCUCAAAUCAAUUGACAUCAGUGGUGUCAGUGUGAUUUCUAUUCUGUUGUAAAAACCAUGUUGAGUGAUGCAUGAAUAAAAUACUGUAAUAUUUUAA